GUGGUGCUGUAGCGCCGGAAACAGUAGCAAUCAAGAUGGCGGACGCCGACUUGGUAGUCCGAAACGAUAUUCGUUCAGCGAUGUGGAAUCCUGGUGGAUGGAAAAGUUUGCUUUCAUUUUUCAUUCUUGCAUUAGCAUGGCUAGCUGGAUUCAGUGCACGACUGUUUGCAGUCAUUCGAUUUGAAAGCAUCAUUCACGAAUUCGACCCAUGGUUCAACUACAGAGCAACCCACUACAUGGUACAAAAUGGAUUCUACAAUUUCUUAAACUGGUUUGACGACCGAGCAUGGUACCCAUUGGGCAGAAUUGUGGGGGGAACGGUGUACCCGGGCCUCAUGGUGACUUCGGGCUCCAUCCACUGGUUCCUGAACCUACUGAACAUCCCAAUACACAUCAGAGACAUCUGUGUCUUCCUCGCCCCUGUCUUCAGUGGCAUGACAUCUAUGUCUGUGUACCUCUUCACUAAAGAGAUCUGGAGCCCUGGAGCUGGCUUGUUUGCUGCCUGUUUCAUCGCCAUCGUUCCUGGUUACAUCAGUCGGUCUGUGGCUGGUAGCUAUGACAACGAAGGCAUUGCUAUUUUUGCUCUCAUGUUCACAUACUUCUUGUGGAUCAAAUCUGUGAAGACCGGCCAAGUGUUUUGGUCAAUAUGCACUGCUCUCUCGUAUUUCUACAUGGUGUCGGCGUGGGGUGGCUAUGUUUUCAUCAUCAACCUGAUCCCGCUGCACGUGUUUACACUGCUCCUCAUGGGACGCUACUCACAGCGAAUCUACACAGCGUACAACUGUUUCUACAUCGUGGGCCUCAUCCUGUCCAUGCAGAUUCCAUUUGUUGGCUUCCAGCCUAUCAGGACAAGCGAGCACAUGGCUGCCGCGGGUGUGUUUGCUCUGCUGAAUGCUUACGCAUUCCUCAAGUACAUUCAGAACUUCUUGACCAAGUCCGAAUUCCGCUACUUUUUCAUCGCCGCUGUGACAUUUGCUGCCGCUGUCGUCUUUGUUGCUGUGGUUGGCCUUACCUGGGCAGGUUACAUCGCCCCUUGGAGCGGCCGCUUCUACUCACUGUGGGACACGGGCUACGCCAAGAUUCACAUCCCAAUCAUCGCUUCGGUGUCAGAGCACCAGCCCACCACCUGGGUCUCCUUCUUCUUUGACCUGCAUAUCCUGGUCUGUGCCUUCCCAGUGGGUGCCUGGUACUGCAUCAAGAACAUCAACGAUGAGAGGGUCUUUGUGGUCCUGUACGCCAUAUUUGCCAGUUACUUUGCUGGCGUCAUGGUGCGUCUGAUGUUGACCUUGACCCCUGUGGUGUGUGUGCUGGCUGCCGUCGCCUUCUCUAAGACGUUUGAGGUCUACCUCAAGGACGACUCGCCUAAGCAGAACCAGAAAAGUCUGGAUGAGAACGGAGAGAACAAGAAUGACAGACUCUACGACAAGGUGGGCAACAAGAAGAAAGUGAGGGAGGACAAGCCGCAGGAAGAGGAGGGCCUGGGCAUCAACGUGAAGAGCAUCAUCAUUGUUGCCCUGCUCAUGAUGCUCAUGUUGUUUGCCGUCCACUGCACCUGGGUCACCAGCUCCGCCUACUCCAGCCCCAGCAUUGUGCUUGCCUCCUAUGGACAGGGAGGGAGUAGAACAAUCCUCGAUGAUUUCCGUGAAGCGUACUACUGGCUGAGACAGAACACUGACGAUAAGGCCCGCAUCAUGUCCUGGUGGGACUACGGCUACCAGAUAGCGGGUAUGGGCAACCGGACGACGCUAGUGGACAACAAUACUUGGAACAAUAGUCAUAUAGCCCUGGUGGGCAAAGCGAUGUCGUCCAAUGAGACGGCUGCAUACGAGAUUAUGAGGAUGCUGGAUGUGAACUAUGUGCUGGUCAUCUUUGGCGGGGUCAUAGGUUACUCUGGGGACGACAUCAACAAGUUCCUGUGGAUGGUGCGCAUCGCUGAGGGAGAGCAUCCACGGGACAUCAAGGAAGUGGACUACUUUACGCCCCAGGGAGAGUUCCGCGUGGAUGCGGCUGGCUCUAAGACCUUGCUCAACUGUCUGAUGUACAAGCUCUCCUACUACAGAUUCGGUCAGAUGCAGCUGGAUUUCCGUAGCCCAGCAGGCUUUGAUCGUACUCGGGGCGUGGAGAUUGGCAACAAGAACUUUGACCUGACUCACGUGGAGGAGGCCUACACCACAGAGCACUGGCUUGUCCGGAUCUACAAAGUGAAGGACCUGGAGAAUCGCGAUAACCUCAAAACUCCGCACCGGCCGGUGAAAAAGUCACGUCGCAAGUCCAAGAAGUCCUCAAAGAAGAUUGGUUCUAUAAAAAACAAGCCAAAAGUGGUGAAAGGAAAGAAAUCCAAGUCAUCAAAAGCAGGCUCUAGGAGUGGUGGCAGAACUGGUACCAAGUGAUCAGAGGAUGGCAGAGGAUGAGAUAGAGCGGUGUGUGUGGUCAACGUUGUUAUUUAUAUCUGAAUGGAGUGUGCGUCAUUCUCAUUGAAAUGUGAUGAUGGGACUGCUUGUGGGCUCACCCGGAGGCUGUCGUGUGUCAGUCUCGGUUCCUCUGACAUAUAUCAAGGAAGAAGAACAUGUUAUCUGUUCACUGUGUUGUUUUUUUGUUGUUGUUUUAAUACCCUUGAUUGUGAAGCCUGAUAACAUCUCUCUGUGUGAUAGUGUUUUGAUGUGUAUGGAGGGAGUCCUCAGUGCUGAAUUACUUGCCUCCUACAUUUGCCACAGACUUCCUGGUACUGUGGAGUGGGUCAGUGUCAUCUUAUUGACCUGAUGUGUAUGAAACCAUAGUUGGUUGUAGACUUUUUAGCAAAAAGCCAGGAUUCAUAAUAUGUAGAGCCCUCGUUAGUAUUUGAAGGGAAAGGAAAAGCGUUGGAAGAAAGCUGUUCAGACACUGAAAGUCCAGCUAGCAUAUGUGGAGGGAGGUUGUUUUUUUUUUAGGAAGGCGCCAAGUAAGAUGUUUGUCUGGCCCUGGUAUUCCCGUACAUUGUUAGAAAUUAUUUUGUUAUUUCUCUUUCUGGUAUAAAAUAGUCCUGAUUUGAGUUUGAUGGUGUUAUCGAUCCAGGAUUUGAAUUUGAUAAGACCAUAUGAUCUGUAAGUCUUGAGUCCCCAUGCAAGUGUUUCCAUGGGGUCAGAACAGUUCAGAAUUUUUUUCGUAGCCAGUUGGGACCUCUGACUAUUGUAUUUGGCAUGCCAAGUCAGAAAUUUGAUGACAGAGGGUCUUAACGGUAGCUAAAUUCACACUUAUUGUGUUCUCCAUUGUUUUCCUGUGGUAUCAGACUUGGCUUCAUGUGAUCUUCUGCACAGUUUUGUGUCUGACUGAGGUAAUUCCUGCGUUGCACUGUAUGCUGUGGUGAGCACGUGCGUGUGUGUGUGUGUGCGUGCGUGCACAGGUGUAUGUGCGCUCAUUCGUUGUAGCCUACUUGUUAACAGAUUUUGUUUUUAUUCCUUAACUGUGUUCACUGACAUCCUGUUUUUCUGUUUGUGUGUUGGCUUUUUGUACACUGAUUUGUUGAGAGUUGAUGUUCCUUGUUGGAGAUUGAUAUUGUCAACUUUGAAAUCAAAGACUUAUAAAUGAGUUAUUCAACUUGCCUAGUCCCUGGCUCAAGAUGACCAAACCUACUUCGACCAAACCCGCUUGUAUCUCCAUAUCUUUAUGGUUAGCUCCGUCAGUGCAUUGAGUGGUCCAGAAUGACUGCCAUAUGCUAGCUAAACUAGUCUAACUAGUUAUGUCCUGUUUUAAGAAAUAACAAUAUCACACACCUGAUUUGUCAAUAUAAGUUGGUUUCCGUCUUUUUCCAUGGAAGUGAUUUCAGGUUUAUUUUAUCUGUGGAGUUCAGGGAGUCUGGUGUGGGUGGCUGGAGGGCGUCCAACAGGUCUUUCUAUGUUUUAUAUCUCUUUGUUGUUUCUGUCUGCACCCCCCCCCCCUUCCUGUCAUUAUAUGUUUUUAAUUACUCAAUCAAAGGAAAUAAGAUGUUUUUGGUUUCUGAGGUUUCCCCUCCUAUGGGUGGGCGGGCUGCCACUAGCUUUGCAGGAGUUGGUGCCUUCUCCACCUGUAUUUGGAAUAGACUCAGCACACUAGGUGUUUACUGAACUAAGACUUGCCGAGGGCCUGGACCUCUUGGAAUCCAUCUAUGUUGAUCUCAACUGACAUACCCGUGCAGUUGAAAGAAAAGUGGGUACGGUAACUCUUGUUUGUUUGGCUCUGAUUCAAAGGCUUAGUAAGACACUUUGAGGUUACUCUUUUGUUCUUGUGAUGGUGAUGAUACACAUUUUGCUCACAUUUUGUUUUAAAAUGAACACCAUAUCGUUAAAUUUUCCCUCAUCCCCUUUCCAAUGGCAACAUGCUCGUUUGUUUUUCCCUUACAUUGGGCAGGUUUUAGAUUCUGUUCUCUGUUACUUUAGAUCAGUGCUUUUCAACCUUUUUGUAGUCAAUGCCCACUUUGCUUCCUGAAAUUUCUGAACAGCCUCCCUACAUGUAUUUCCAAGUGGGUUAUCGACACCUGUGACUACCCAAAA